AUGGAGGAAGAAGAUGAUGACUUCUAUGGCGGUGUUGCCCGAGCAGAAGCCGAAGAGCACGUGACUGGGAACGGCGACGACGAUGAGGUCAAAGGAGAGCAGAUGGAUGUCAGUGAGGAUGGGGAGGACGAAGAGGAUGAAGAUGAUGUACAGUUCACCCUUGACAAGCCUGCAAGCACGAAACCCGAGCCGACGAGACCACCACCCAAAUCAGCAUCGGUAGAACGAGCAGUCACCGCGAGUGCCAAACCAGAACCCAAAUCCAACGCCCCCAAGAUCAAGUCCGAGCGCGCUCCCUCCUCCGCCCCUUCAGCAACCACAACAACAACAACCCAACCCCCACCCACCACCCACACCACAUCCCCAGGCACAACCCUGACCCACAACUCCCUCCCCGGCACCUCCUACCCGGCCCCCCACACCUCCACCCUCAACCUCGACCUCAUCCCCACCUGGCCCUCCACCCCCACCGGCCCCAAACCCCUCACCCACCUCGACAUCGACGCCGACCUGGCCGACCACACCAAACCCUGGCGUCUCCCCGGCACGGACCAGACGGAUUUCUUCAACUACGGCUUCGACGAGUAUACCUGGACGCAGUGGUGCGUCAAGCAGCAGAGUAUGCAGCGGGAUCUGGGCGAGAUGCGGGAGGCGGAUGCGAGGAUGAAGGCGAUGUUUCAGGGAGGUGCUCCGGGCGGUGGGGCUCCUCCUGGUGCUGUUGGUGGGGGUGGGGGUGGGGGUGGGGGUGGGAUGCCAGGGAUGGCGGAGAUGGAGCAGAUGAUGCAGGCUAUGAUGGCGCAGCAGGGGGGGUUGGGUGGGCAGAUGCCGCCGGGGAUGGGGUUCGAGCAGUUUAUGGCGGGGAUGAUGCCGCCGGGCGGGUUGCCGCCGAUGGGUGGGAUGGGGGGAGGGCCGGGUACGCCGUUCCAAGGCGCGCCGCAGCAGGGUGGGUUUGGUGGGAAUCAGCAGGGUGGUGUUUCGCCUGCUCCUGGAGGGCAAGGACAGGGGUUCCAGCCUCCGCAGGGACCGGGGGGUGGGCAAGGGCUUUUUGGCGGCCCGAAUAUGGAGGGGUAUAGUGCGCAGCAGUUGGCCAUCAUGCAGGGGGAUGAUGGAGGCGGGGGUGGAGGCGGAGGUGGUGGCGGGAGGGGAGGUAGAGGAGGGAGGAGGAGAGGGUGGUAG